AUGAUCCAAAAGGAGGCAUUCCAUUGCCGCAGUGGGAAAGCGUACCUGUUUAAUAACGUAUAUAACAUCACAAUGGGACCGCUUGAGGAGAGGAUGAUGUUAUCUGGAAUGCAUACUGUGGCAGAAAUAUUCUGCUGCUGUUGUGGGCAAAUAGUCGGCUGGAAAUACGAGGCUGCUCAUGAUAUAAGCCAGAAAUACAAAGAAGGGAAAUUUGUUCUUGAGCGAGAGAGGAUAUCAGAUGGAGUUGACUCGGACUUCUGUAUCAAUGCUCGGGCGAGUAGCAGUGAUGGUGACGAUGCAUAA